GGUUUGGAUUUGCGUUGACUGUCUGGCUCGUUCAAAUAAGAACAGAAAAAUGCGUUGAAGUGAGAUUCAGUAACUUUCUUAAAGGUUGAGUUAGGAUCCAUGUGUUCAACAUAACUUCAUAAAACUCUUUGAUUUCUCGCUUUCAGAAGGUUCUUUCACAUGGGUAUAAUCAAUAAUCUCAAUUGAUUAAUUCUUCGCUGGGUCCGGAUUCACUGUCAGCUCGAUUUCCAUUCGCUUAAUUCUGGGAUGUGUUGGAUUUCUUGAUUGCAAUUGGAGCAAAUAAAUGAAAAUGGGGGAAGUGAGAUUUACUGCAUAAUCUGUAAUGUGGGUUUUGUGACUUAAAAAAUUGCAAUUUCGAAGAUCUUCAGAUUUUGCGAGAACUUGGUGGAUUUCCUUCUGUAUGAGAUGAACUAACGGCGAGAUUUUAACUACUUUUCGGGUUGGAAUUACUCGAAAAUGCAUAGUCAUUUUGCAGUUGAAUGAGUUUCCAAAAUAUCGCAUAUUUCGACUAUUAAAAGUUGACCGUAAAUUUGAACGGCUCUUGAACUGAGUUGGUUGUAACAUCUCCCUCUACAAGAAUCUGUUCGCCGAGAAAUUCCCUGUCACAAGGUGUCUGCUCAAACCUUUGAUUAAGACGAGAAGAAACAUGGUUCAGACGCUGGAAGCUAUAAAGGGUGGUGGAGGAUCCAUUAGAAUCGGGACCACUGGGACAGUCAGUUCCCUAAUGACAAGAGAAUUAGAGUCCAGCAAAGUCGCCUCUCCGACGCCUGCAUCAUCCAGAAAUAAACAUCAAACAGCUUCUGUUUCUGUUCUCUGUGGUGCUACUACUCCAAAAAGGCUACAACCAAGAAAGUCAUGUGAUGAAGCUAGCAGCAGUGGAAGCAGCAAUGACAUUAAUGCAAGACACCCCGAAGUUUCCCAGAAAACAAAAACUCAUACUAAAAAUACUAGUCAAAUCCCGAUGCUGAGCUCUGAUCAUCCUGGUCUGGAUAAAACUCCUAGUAGGCAGAAAACUAGUAAAAAAGGAACUAACAUUGUUGAAGUUGUGGACAUAAAAUGUGGGAGCUCGGAUAGAGCAUGGGCUGGCCCUAUAACAAACCGACUGAAGAAGCUGGGUUUCUCAAAGCUAUCUGAGAGCAUUGUCUAACCUGGCAAUUUCUUCCCAUCGGAUCUUAGAUUCCUGUAACUGUAUGCAGAAAUACCAGUUGGUCGAUUGUUCUCCGAGACUUCCACCAUAGAACAUAUGCUUGGUAGGAGCCCAUUGCAUCUCUUUUUCUUCUUUUGUGUUUUUAUAACUGAUUCAAAAGUCGGGCCCAAAUGCCUAGUAGAGGAAGCCAUGUCUUUGAGUUGGGGAUGAGCCUUUUGCGAGCUACAUCGGUUGCUUAGUUCGAGUUGGCUUAAGUGCUCGAUUUCUCUCAUUAUGAGGGAUCCAACGGUGCCUCUGGUGCCUAUUUCCGCAGGAGCACAUGCCGCAAUCUUUGCAGCGUCUCUGGUGGCAACGGUGCCGGAUUUAUACAUGUUCGGUUCUGUUGGAGUUGAAGGGGUGGCUUGCAGAUGACGAGAGGUGGUUUUGGAUUCUGUACUGGUGAGGAAAUUGCUUUGCUUUUGGGACAUCUGGUGUUUUGCCUUUGGUAUUUAACAAGGAUUCUUUACCUUAUGUUCUUUAUCUAAAGUGAACAGCGUUUGUUGGUUGGUUGGUGAUAUAAUCACCUCAUUCAUGUGCGUGCAGAUAAAAAAUUAGAUUCAUUUA